AUGCUGAUGUGCGAGCGGCCGGCCGGCGCCCUCAAGUGCUUCGAGCAGUGCGCCCCGGUGUUCCGGACCUGGCCGCGGCUGUGGCUGCGGAUGGCGGAGUGCUGCAUCGAGCUGCACAGCCAGGGCCUGGCCCGCGCGCCGUGCGACGGCCCAGCAGCCGCCGAGGGCGGCGGCGCCGGGGCCUGCUCGUCGUGGAGCCACGUGGCCGCGAGGCCGCCCGCGCACGGCACGCUGGGCUCCAGCGGCGGCGCGCGGCAGCUGUGCUGGAGCGUGCAGGGCGGCGGGCCCCACCGCCGGUGGCUCCUCUCGACGGCCCGGAGCCCGCCGAUCGGCCGGCGCGUGGCCGGCGAGGACGACGAGGGCGAGAAGAAGGGCGACAGAGCCCCGGACAAGCCGGCCGCGGCGCCGCACGCGCCCAGGGACGCCGGCGCCGCGGGGGAGCGCCCGCCCUUGGUGGGCGAGGGCGCGCUGGCGCACGCCGCUAUGUGCCUGCGGAACGUGCUCGUGCUCACCGCGGCGGCCGCCGCCCCCGCGGUGGGGUCUGGCGCCGCCGCGCCAGGUGCGGGCGCGGGAGAGAAGGCGGGCGGCAUGUCUGGCGGCAGCGGCGGUGGGCUGCGGGCGGGCAAGGCGUCUGGGGCUGGCGGCGGGUCCAGGCACCACACCCGGGACGUGGUCGACUGCGAGGCGAGCUUGCUGGAGGAUGCGGCUCUGGUCAAGCUGGCGUACGUGUCGCUGUGCCAGAACGACCACGCCGCUGCGCUCAGGUGUUCCCGGCGCUUCCUCGAGAAGGGCCUCAUGCUGCCCAAGGAGGCGGGUAAGGAGCACGGCCGGUCUCAGUCCCCGUCUGCGGCCGCGGUGGUGUCGGAGGAUGCCGAGGAUGCACGUAAGCAGUGGACGUUCCAAGCCCAGAGCUUGUCCUCCACCGCCGCCGCGGGCGCCGCACACGAGAGGGAGAGUUCGCGCCGUCAAUUGGCUGUGCCACCCUUGGAGUGCUCUACGCCGCCGAGGCGCUCCUGCUGCUGGGGAGGCCGUUGGAGGCCCGAACUCUCCUGGGCAGCUUCGUGUCAGGUGACGCCGUCACCAGAGGGCUCGAGCUGCAGAACAGUGUCACCGCGGAGCUGGAGCGCCACUCCGCCGCCCACGUGGUGGGCGCCCGGCGCCCAGAGGACUCCGACGCGGGUGCCGAGGAGGCCCGCGCAGUUUGCGGCGGCAUGA